AUGAAGAUAAUAAGGACGUGCGCAGAAAUGGCGGCGCUUUGCAGGGAUGUUCAGCGUCCGCUCGGGCUCGUGCCGACCAUGGGCGCCCUGCACGACGGUCACCUGUCGUUGACUCGGCGGGCGCGGGCGGAUAGCGCAACGAUGGCGGUGUCCAUUUUCGUCAAUCCAACACAGUUUGGAGCCGGGGAGGAUUUCAACAGUUACCCGCGCAGUUUCGAGCGAGACCUGGAUUUGCUGGCCGAACAGGGAACCGACCUGGUAUUUGCGCCCCCUCCUGAGGAAGUUUAUCCCGACGGCUUUGAUACCUGGAUCGAACCUGGAUCAGUUACGGAAGGCCAGGAAGGGGAAGCGCGACCGGGUCAUUUCAAAGGCGUGGCGACCGUGGUGGCCAAGUUGUUUUCCAUCGUGAGGGCCGACCGGGCGUACUUCGGCCAGAAGGAUGGGCAGCAGGUGGCCGUGAUCCGGCGCAUGGCCCAGGACCUCAAUUUGGGUGUAGAGGUGGUUACGAUGCCCACGAUUCGGGAAGCGGACGGGCUGGCGUUAAGCAGCCGAAACGCCUACCUCACUACCGAUCAACGCCAGGCGGCGCCGGUGAUUUACCGGGCUCUGUGCGCGGCGCAGGAGCUUUGGCGUGGGGGAGAGCAGGACGCCGGGAGAUUGCGGGCAGCGGCGAUGGCGGUGUUGCAAGCCGAGCCGAUGUUGGAAUUGGUAGAUUACGUCAGCGUCGUGGAUGCAGACAGUAUGGCGCCGGUGGAACGGGCGGAUACAUCUGGCGGACGCCGGGUGAUGGUAGCAGUGGCCGCUAAAUUGGGGCAACCCCGCCUGAUUGAUAACAUAAUAUUGGGAGACGGAUAA